AUGUCGAAUCAUCCAAUGGAGCCAAUGCCACCGGUGCGACUAAAUCAACAACGACCAACAUUCGCAGUUGACGGCGAUACGAUGGAAAGACUUUUCCAAGCUUUAUUCUAUCGAAUCGCUGUGCUCUAUGCACGAACAAUUCCUAAACACAUUCGCCGAUUAGGUGAAAGUGCUAUUCUAGUCAUGGCAAUUAGUUGUCUGGCGUUAGUUGUAUAUUUACAUGUCGUGUUUAAUCAACAACCAAUCAGUUGUCUGUCUUAUUUGCAUGACAAUUGGCCAAGACAAGGUGUACUUCGUAUUGAGUUGUUUUUCGAAACACCACCAGAAGAUUACGAUCUUCAACAAUCGUAUGCCAAAGAAUUUGAGCAAUUAUCGACCAAACAGAACUAUUCGAUUCCUCCAAUUUUGGAACAUUCAAGUGAAUCUAAAGAAAUAUAUUCAAAUAUGAGUAUCAAGUCGUCCCUAUUAACCGAAAUCGAUGAGAAAUUCUUUGAAAAUGAAACGGCACAAUUAAUCGAUGUGAACUCUGUAUCUGAUACUCAACCAAACGAUUCACUACUCGACACAUUCUAUCAUUACGUAUUCGAUUACAAUUGGUUAAAAGAAUUGCUAGAUGAAGAACAUUAUAUUCUCGAGUAUUCACUAGAAUACGGGUUUUUACGUUUAUCACCAACAACCAGACAGAGACUUAACGUUGAAGUUCUACUGGUCACUUUAGAUAUGACAAAUAAUACCUGCUUUGGUAGCGGUCUUAAUCGGUUUAUUCUUGAUCAAUUUCUUGGUUAUCAAGAAAUACUGAUGUCUAGUAUAAAACAGUUAGCAGAGAAAGAAACACACAAAGGCUAUGUUCGAAAUGUCAUGACCAAUGAACAUUUUCGCUUUGUUAGUUCAUGGCAAAAUCGCCGAUGGUGGUCAUAUUUAGCCACAUUGUGUAUUAUGAUUCUCUUUACGAUCAGUAUAUCAAUGCUCCUUCGCUAUUCCCAUUUUCAGAUCUUUUUGUUCAUUGUUGAUUUACUACGUAUGAUUGAACAUAACACAUCCAUUAUUUUCCCUGCUGCACCUUUAUUAACAGUUAUCUUGGCUUUAAUCGGUAUGGAAGCAAUUAUGUCCGAAUUCUUCAAUGACGCAUCUACUGCUUUCUAUAUAAUACUUGUUGUUUGGGUAUCAGAUCAAUAUGACAGUAUUUGUUGUCAUACAUCAAUAAGUAAACGUCAUUGGGUUCGCUUUUUCUACAUAUAUCACUUCGCAUUCUAUGUCUAUCACACGCGUUACAAUGGUCAAUAUUCAGGUUUAGCAUUAAUCACAAGUUGCUGUUUCAUUCUUCAUUCAAUGCUAUACUUUUUCCAUCAUUAUGAAUUGCCUGUGAUCGAAGCACAACUUGCUCAUGUUGUUAUUGAACAAAAUAAUCUCACUCAAGCAACGGAAAGAAAUGAUGAUGAAACAUUAGCAGCAACAUAA